AUGGUUGACAAAACUGGAGUUAUCGAUUUGGAACACAGAGAUCCUAAUGAAUUGAACAGUCAUCUUGGGACUCUCCUUUUCAAUGACGUCAUCGGAGAACCUGAUGGUACCCACAGUAUCGACUGUGUCUUCAAACUCUCUAACACCUGCUUUGAGCUUUGGAAAGGCCUCUGUUAUAAAUUGAUGACCUUUUGCUGUGGUUGCUGUAUCGCCAUGGAGUGGGGUUGCGAGUUUGCGUACAUUGCCUUUUUCCAUAUCUGGAUGCUUACACCGUGCAUCAAAGUGGUGGAGAUUAAUUGCGGAAUUUGCCAACGAAUGUACACGAUGUGUAUCAACUGCUGUUGCACACCCUGUUAUGAAUCAAUGGGUGGAAUAUUCCAUCAUUUCAAAAGAACAUAA